AUGGCGACGACAGCCCUUGCCGCGAGUGCGCCCCCCACUGCUGACAGCAGACCCUUGAAGGGGACGGAAGAGGCGGCUCCACCACGAUCCUCUGCCGAGACGAACAUGCGUUGCCCUGACCCAUCCGCGCAUUCGCAUCAGUCAAAGAACAGCGCAUUGCAAAAUCAGGCGUCUGCAGCAGCGCUAUAUUCCCAUAACCACGGUGGCUCGACUAAAGCAAACGUAGCGAAACCCAUCAACCCGCUCGGAGCCGACGGCAAGCUCUCAUCAGCGAGCGCUGCUGCAAGUCUCAAAUACGCAAAGGCCCAAGACCUUCCCAGCUAUCCCGUCGUUGGAAUCGACACUCAAUCUUCUGCCGGAGCUGCCGCGCUGCUCGCGAACCAGAACAAGAAGAGCCCGGAGUGGUGGAAGCCCGAAGCAUCCUCCGCCGCAGGCAAGGCUGCGUUGCUCGCAAACGGUUAUAAGAUGGCUCCCAUGUGGCAACCAGAAGCAAGCGCGGCAGGCUCAAAAGCAGCGCUUCUCGCCCAUAGAGACGGCGCAAAGCUGAACCUGUGGCACCCGGAAGCCAGUGCUGAAGGUCAUUCUGCUGCUACCAUCGCUAUGAGCAAGAAGGGGCUCGGCCCAGAGGUCGACUAUGGAUACACCGAUCAGGGCAGGAAGAACGCCUUCACUGCGGCUACCGAUGCGCACUCUGCAUCGAGGCGUAAGCGCGCUCAGUCAAACCCACCAGCUGCGCCCCUGUAUCCAGACUCGAAGAAUUCGGCCAGGAAUGCAUUAGGCGCAGCAACACUCGCUCAUAGUGCGUCCACUCGAGCCAGACCACAAGCUAGUCCUGCUGAUUCCAACCACCGCGGACAUGGUGCUAUGGAAGCUGCACGCAUUCAGCAUGCAAAGAGCAUAUCGCGCGACAUGUACACCAGCACUCCGCCUGUUGCGCUAGAGACAGAGGAGAAGAGGCACAACGACGCUCUCCGAGCUUCUGCCAUAUCUAUGGCUAAAAAGAUCUACGAUGUGCAACAGCAACACAUCGAUGGCGCAACGGGCCAGUCUGUCGCCCGCACUGGAGCGACUGCAGCACACAGUCAGCAGCCAGCGACUGGUGAGGCUGACAUCAAGCAGCAAGCUAUGCGCUACAUCGGGAUCCAAGAAGCUGCACAAAAGCUUGCUCAAGAAAGACUGGCAAAGAUAGGGUAUGACGAGAACGCCGCCUACCGAAGCUACUACGGCUACGACCAGCCAACCAGGUCGAAACUCUCCAUGCGUCGUGGACGUAAUCGCGCCCACAGUGCUUCUGAGACAGCCCCUGCGGACACUUCGGACUCUGACGAAGACGACUUUCGUUCGAGGCGAAUUCGUUCGCAGAUGGAUCAGCUCAACAAGCAACUGGCUGACGUGGACGCGAAGAAACGCGAAAAUGAUCGCAAAUCCUUGCUUGCUGCCGCGCAGCGCAAGGUUCAAGCGCAGAUGCAGGGCAUGGACAAGAAAAUCUAUGACGAAACAGGCAAGAUGUCGUCUGCCAUGGUGGACGAUUGGGAUGAGAAGGCGAGGCAGCGUGCCUUAGCGAACUCUGAGGCUCGCAUGGAGAACCACGGUAGGGUGCAUAUCGGUAAUGGCAAAUGGAUGGAUCAAGGCGAAAUCGACGCUAUCGCUCAGGCCAGAAUUCAGCCUACUUUAGACGAAAUCACCGAGAAGACCGAAAAGCGCCUCGCUGAGGACGAGAAGCGGCGUGCUGAGGAAGAAGAGCGCCGACUCGAUCAGGAGCAGGAGAAGCGCCGUAUUCGUACCGAGAAAGAGCGGGCUGCUGAGAUCAAGGCUGAGGAGAGGCAAGGAAGGGAAGAAGAGAAGAGGGCUGCCAAAGCGAAAGCUGCUGAAGAGAAACUGGCUGCGAAACAAGCAAAGGAAGCGGAGAAGACCAAGAUUGCCGAACAACGCAAGUCCAAGGAGAUUCCGCUGGCUGAGCCAGCAGUCGUAGAUGCUGAAGCGCCGCGUGACAACGAGGAUCUGUAUCAAGCGCCUACACCUACAGAAGCUCAACGUACUGCUGAGCAUAAUCCAACCGACCCGACUUCGCCCACGUCGCAAGGAUCUUCGAAAGGGUUCAAAUCGCUCUUGAACAAGUUGAAGCGCCGCUCAAAGCAUGCUCCUGGGACAGAGACUGAAGGUAAUACGAAAGAAAAGGAACCUGGCUUCGUUGGCGGUGCAACUCUUCGGAACUCCACCUCACAACCCCAAUCUCAAUCUCAGUCUUCGAAGAGCGCUAUCCAUCCAGCUCGCGAGUCGAUAGACAGCCGCGCAUCUGCUGAUGUCGAACCACCAAAGGAUCUAGGCGCCGUUGAGCCUACUUACGUUCCUCACGUCGGCCACGUUGACGAGGAUCGCUACUCAGACGUCUCAUCCUUGUCUAGCGACGGAGAGGAAUUCAGCGUCGCACGUGGGAGACCAGCAGAACGUGUUGUAAGUGGUGCAACAGCGACAUCCGCGGGAGAGAGCUUUGAGGAAGCCCGUGAUCAUUUCGACGAAGCUCUAGCACCACCCCCAGCGUUCGGCUCUGAUGCAGAGAAAGCGAGGAUAGGAAGUCCAAACCGAGAGUCAAAGUUUCAGGAAGUGGGACUGUAG